ACGAAGAGAGGCUCCAAAAUCAACACGAUUGGAUUUCAAAAUCCUUUUCUUCACAACUUCAAUGGCGUUUCUUAUCUUAAAUCUCUCUCCCAAAACCCCCCAUUCUCCCUUCUUCCCCUCUCUCUCAAACCCCAAAACAACCACUCUCAAUUUCACCACCACUCUCCCACGCCGAUGGCUAGCCCGACCACGCAUCCUCACCGUCCGGUCCACCGGCGACGACAACAACAACAACUCUGCCGAUGCCCCCGACCGCCUCAUCUCCGCCAUCUGCUACUUCUACCCCUUCUUCGACGGCGUCCAGUACGGCAAGUACGUUAUCACUCAGUACACUCCAUUUCAGGUUCUGAUUCAACCUUUAGUUCCGGCGAUUCGUGUUUUCAAGAGCUUUCCAUUGAAUAGCUUUUUGGUGUUUUUAACUCUUUACUUCGUCGUGGUUAGAAACCCUAAUUUCAGUCGGUAUGUUAGAUUCAAUAUUAUGCAAGCCAUUGUUCUCGACGUGCUUCUGAUUUUCCCUGAUCUUUUGGAGAGGAGCUUUAAUCCUAGAGGGGGACUAGGGUUGGAUUUAGUGAUGAGUUUGGAUAGUACUGUGUUCUUGUUUCUUUUGAUUUGUUUGAUUUAUGGGUCUUCUUCUUGCUUGUUGGGUCAGAUCCCUAGAUUGCCCAUUGUUGCUGAUGCUGCUGAUAGACAAGUUAUGUGAAUUCUUUUUUUCUUCACUUCUUCGAAAAUGGAUCAGUUUCAUUAUUGUCGUUCUUGCUGAUUUUGUUGGGGGGGGAAUUUGGAUGGGAAUACUCAAAUUGUUCUUCAUUUGGGGGAAACCUAGUUGUAGAUUAAUUACGUGUUUCCAAAUUUCUACACACUUGUGAGGAUGAAAUAGUUAAAGAAAAAUCCAAGUUAGAAAUGAUCUUCAAUGUUCA